CGACUCAAUACACUUUCAGCUCAGUUCCUCUUAUUACCUCUGACAGACAGACAGCAGGAAAAGAAAGUAUCAGCACCGUCCCUCAGCUACAGAGCUACAGAGCUACAGACGACACGACCACACGUACUGGAGAGUGGACAAAAUGAUUCUGCUGCCGCUGGCAUGGACACUGUGGACGGUUUCUCUGUGGACGUCAGGUUCGAGCCAGACCCUGCUGCAAGAACCCCUCACUGUUCUUUAUCCCAAAGAGUUCAGUUCACAGACAAUUGAGUGUGACUGCGCUCAAAACCCCUGUGACUCCGUCUUCUGGUUCCGCAGCAUUUCAAACCACAGCAAGAUGGAGUUUAUCGGCCAGUGCAACCAUGCUGACCGAGUCGUACUUGGGCCUGGAGUGAACCACAAAUGGUUCAAAUUAAGCAGCAAGGGCAGCAAGGUCUUUGCGCUUACCAUCGUAAACUUGACAAAAGAGGACGCAGGAACCUAUUCUUGUGUCUUCAAGAAAAAGAAUGAAACCUGGAAGCCCGGGACUCUUCUCCGGCCGGGAGAGAACCCUCCAAUAAUACAAACUAACACAAAACCCAAACCGCCCAUCAAGCCAGUCUGCCGCUGCAACAAAUCUUCACAGCAUGGAUGUGGGUCGCUGGUUUUCUGGCCGUUAGUUGGACUUAUUGCAGCCCUUCUUCUAGCUAUCAUUGGCACACUGUACUACUUCAGCCGGCUACCCAAAAAGUGUCGACACCACUUUGUGAAGAGGCGUUAGAUGACCCACACACUGAAUCUACAGACUCAAGUGACUUGCUGUGACGUCCAGGGAAGUACGAAGGACAUGAAUGUCCCCUCUGCUAACAAGAUGCCAUCUUCAAUGACGGCAAAUGUGCGCCAGUCAGAGAAGACGUUGAUGUGUGGCAGCAACCUCGUAACAUAUUGUAAUAUAUUUUUAUUGUUUUACCUAUUACAAGACAGCUCCAAAGCUACAUCACGUUCAAUUCUAAACUCUUUGCUAUAACUUUUCAUCUAUAAUAUUUUUGGGGAUUUGUGAAUAUGCAGAUGACAUCAUCAUUCAUCCUGGUGCUUUAGCAAUAGCUUUUUCAAUCUGCGGCUUUUUAUUUUAUUUGAUCUUUUAAAUUGAACAUAAAGGAGCAGUAUUUCCUAACAGCCUAGACCUAAUCAGUUUAUUUACAAAAGAAAAUGGACAACUAAACAGCUUUAAAAAGAUAUUUGCUCUUUUGUUUUUUGAUUUAUUUGGUAAUUAUUUGUGUUUUUUUGCAUUUCGUUUUUAAACAGCGUUGUCAAGUGCAUUUUUCUGUGAGUAUAAUUCUGUUAAAUCAAUAAAAUGGUAUAUUUCCAAUAAUUUACAA